UUUCACAAAGCUCAAGCGUUCGAAACCAACUCGAACGUCGUAAAAAGAAAGGCUAAAAGCUGGAGCCAACAAGCAACCAUGACAGCUCGUAAACAACCAAACAAACAACCCAAAACAUGGUUAGCCAUUGGCAUAUAAGAUAGAGCCUUAAACCACAAUAAACCUCCAUUCUCUUUUCCCCUCUUCUUCUUCACUUAAAAGAAGUUAUUAAAUAUUACCCAAAAGAAAUAAAAGAAGAGAGAGAGAGAGAGAGAAGUAUUUCACAUCAUCACACUAUAAAAAGCUUCAACUUCUAUUGCACCACUUUUCACUACAUCUCCAACAAAGUCCAAUCCAAUGGACCCACCGCCACCACUUCCACCCCUCCCCACUCCCACUCCCACAUCCACAACUCCCCCCACCACUGCCACCGCCUCCUCCGCCGCCGCCGCCGCAUCCUCGGUUCAGCUUAACUACCCGGAAUCGAUCGACUCCUCUCCCCGCUCCCGCAAUGCUGAUGCCUGGACCGACGAGCCUCUACCGCCCGUCCCGGGCGCUAAGCUCCGCUUGAUGUGCAGCUACGGUGGGCAUAUCAUCCCCCGCCCGCAUGACAAGUCCCUCUGCUACGUUGGUGGCGACACCCGGAUUGUUGUCGUCGACCGCCAUUCCUCUCUUUCUGACCUUUGCACCCGCCUUUCCCGUACCCUCCUCAAUGGCCGUCCCUUUACUCUUAAAUACCAGCUGCCGAGCGAAGACCUCGACUCGCUGAUAUCUGUCACCGCUGACGAAGAUCUCGAAAACAUGCUAGAGGAAUACGACCGCACGGCGGCGAGCUCGCCUCUCAAGCCUUCUCGGCUGAGACUCUUUCUCUUCUUCGUUAAGCCUGAAACUGCUGCUUCAAUGGGGGCUUUGCUUGACGACGCCAAGUCUGAAACGUGGUUCGUCGACGCGCUUAACGGGUUAGGAUUUCUCCCGAGAGGGCUAUCCGAUUCCGCGGUGGACGACUGCUUGUUGAGCCUCGAAGCAGUCCGCGCCAGCGACUCGUGUAAUGACUUGGAAGCUCAAGGAAACUCGUUGGGGGAAAACAACAAACAGGUGGUGGACAAGAGUAACAGCACGCAUGAUGUUGUGCAAUACCCCUAUUCGAUGUCCGACUCGCCUUUUGUGGAGAACACUUCGUCUUUCUGGUCGUCUUCUUCGUCGCCAUCGAUGUCGAAUUUGCCGCCGAUUCGGGUGAGGGUCGAUGAGCAGAAGAUGGUUGGGAUCGAUGAACAGUUUGCGCAGAUAAGCUUUGCUCCUCCGCCUUCUGCAGUUAAUCCUGUGGUUUCUGUUAAUGCUCCGGUUAAUAAUCCUGUCGUUGUUUCGGGGGAAAACGUGAGUAGUAAGGUUUUGUCUGAUGAUGAGAGAUCGGAUCACGGCGGGGGG